AUGUGGAACGAUCAAUCAGUAGUGGGUGGUGGAUUUUUCAAUUCAACGAACCAGUUUGGUGCUGCCAAUACCCCAAACCAAGCGCAAAAAACAGGUCGGAGAACGUCAAGGACAGCACCCAUUGUUAUCAGACAAGCACUCCAUUCUGGUGAUGGUGAUGUCACAAUAUGGGGAACAGAGAUUAUGAUUGUAUGUAUUGUUGCCAGAGUACGAAAUAUCCGCAUGCAAAGCACAAAAAUAACAUACACAAUUCAAGAUAUUACCGGAAGAAUGCGUGCUGUGUUCUGGCUUGACCAGGAAGCAAUGGAAGAAGAUGAUAAGUCAACCCCAAAAGUGCAAGUGAAUGAUUAUGUACAAAUUUAUGGUAAUGUUAAGACUAACAAGGGUAAGAAAGUUUUAAUGGCAUUUAAAAUUAUGCCUGUAACAGACGUCAAUGCUAUCACAUUUCAUUAUCUUCAGUGUAUUAAUAAUAAAUUGAAAAUGGAAGCAAAUUCAAAGAAGGAAAAAGUGGAAGUCAAUCCUACAUCUGCAAUGCUUCCAGCUAACUCCAUGGUUGGAAUGAAUGAUAACUCAUCAGUUAAUGGAUUGAAUCCUCGUCAAAUGAUGGUAUUCAAUUUGAUUAGAGCAUCUACUCUUGAACAAGGCAUUAGUAAACAAGACAUGUUUGUUACACUGAAAGAUAGGAUGUCACAAAUGGAAUUUGAAAAUAUAUUGGAGUGGAUGUGUGGUGAAGGUCACAUAUAUUCAACAAUUGAUGAAGAACAUUUUCGUGCUACAGAUGCAUUU